CGUAGCGCCCGGCCUCGCCUUAGGGACCACCACUGCACACCUUGUCAUUAUCUUUUUUUGCCUAGCCUUGUAUAUUAAUAGAUGCUUAGGUUUAAGUCACAUGGUAUACAAUGGUUGUAAUCAUGGUAAUAAAAGAUAACAUGACAAUAUGAUACGCCCAUUUACUUCGAGCUGAUUCGUGAUGACUGCAUGAUCAGGGUAAAGCACACACAAUAAGGACAAGAAAAAGUUUUAGCGACAAUGAAUACCCUGAUUGUAUUAACAGUGUUUGUCACACUAAUUGCAUCUAGCCUUGCUCAAUCCAAGUGUGUUUCAACGUCCAACUGCCGUUGUAUGACAGGCGCUAACUCUUUCAUCGACCUAAAUAAAAUCACAGAGAAGUGAGUUGAGAUUUAUUUUGGAUUGUUUUGUAGAAAUAUUUAAUUAUUGUUUAAAAAUACUAUUCUCUGUCUUUAGCUGUUAAAGAGUUUAAUUCCUUACAUUUACCAUUCACCGAUACUGGGAUGCCCUCCCACAUGGAUGCCUAUACUGCCAAAGGCUCUCACUCAAUCUGUUCUGAGGUCUUCGCCAUUCUCUCAAAGUCCAUCCAUCGCAAGUUGUUACGAUCUCUUGUUAAGUAAUGGGGUUCUUAAAAUGUUUUUGCAUCGGCGCACCGGAUUUCGAUUCAAAAAAAAAAAAAAAAAAAAUCUGUUUUUGUGUUUUUGCUUCAAAAAAAUCUCUGAAUCUUCCCCGACCCCCGGGGCUGCUGCUACACGAAACCUUUAUGACAGACCCUAGUUCCCUAGUUUAGUCCCUUCUCCGUGUGACUUCUCAACCCAAUUCUGUCUCGUGUCGGUUCUAUGGCAGUGCCUGCCUAGUGAUGCCUGCCUUGGGGACGCCUGCCUGGUGAUGGUGCCUGAUGAUGAGUUUUAUCCCCCCCUCCCCCAGUCAGCCUUUAUUUCAUCAAGAAACGAGCAUGCAACAGUAUAUUCUUACACUGAGAAGUGAAUUUCAUUUGAAAACGAACAUAAGUAAGAUAAGUGAACAUAACAGUGUUGUAGCUCAAAAUGGCAAUGUUGAAAAAAAAAACCGCACAAAAAAAAAAACAAAACAAAAAACAAGCAUGUAAUUGCAUAAUUUUCACUAAAAUAUAUUUUAAAGCAAAUUUAAUAUGCGUGUAUGGCUUAAACGAACAUAAGUAAGAUAAGAAAACAUAACAGUGUUGUAGCUCAAAAUGGCAAUGUUGAAAAAAAAGACCGCACAAAAAAAAAAACAAAACAAAAAACAAGCAUGUAAUUGCAUAAUUUUCACUAAAAUAUAUUUUAAAGCAAAUUUAAUAUGCGUGUAUGGCUGAAAAAAAAUAUUUCAAUGUUCUAAAGAAAUGCUGUUAUUCGAUAAAAGCAUGUCUCUGGAUUUGAUGCUUAGCUAAUACUCGGUCCUAAAGUACAUUGACCUGCAUACUUGCAUAGAUUGCUUAUUACCGUUCAAUAUAUCCAAAAUUACCUUCAAUAUUUAGGUAAAUAAAAUUCAUGAUUUUUUAAAUGCUUUUUUUCAGAUUAAGUGCCUCAAGACCUUUCGAAAAAUUUACUUUUCAACUAUGCCAAAAGUUCAGUGUCAAGAGCAAAUGUACGGGAGUUUUUGUAAGUAAGAAAGUAAUUUACUAACUAUUGAUCAGCCCGUAGAGGACCAAAGAGAUCCGCCAUUUUCCCUCCCGAUUCUUCAGUCUUAACUGACUCUAGCCCAUUGUCCAUAGUCUUCUAACAUGAACUCCUUAAUUCACAAGACUCUCAUCACGACCCAAGGCCCUCCCAUACGCAUUAUCUCCUCACCUCUCGUACAACUUCUCGACUUUAAACCUUACCCUCUCCGACUAUAACAAAGAUUGACCACCCCGUUAGCCCCCUGCCCCACUCUAUUCUCUACUUAUAUACUCUAUGAUUCCUUUCCAUUCUUUCCCCCAAAACGUUUUCAUCGAGCUUCUUCUACAGAGCAGUUCACUUAAACUUUACGUGUAAACCCAAUUACAUUUACUUCCAAAAUAGUCUAUGAAGGUCACGCAAAUAUUUGCAUCAGUCCAGAGUUAGUCAAAAUUAUGUAAACACUAUACGCACUGUGUAAUUUAAUAUAUAUUCCCCAAAGAAAUUUGUAACCGAGCUGUUCGUGGUGUUGUUGCUGACUGAUUAUUUAAGUCUGUUUAACACCAUGGCAAACAUAUUAAGACUGACAUUUAAAUCGUCAUGGAGGCAAGAUGUAUGUUUUUUUUUAAAAGUAAGUGUUGACAUAAAUUUGAUUAAUGCUGUAAAUAUGUUUUGCUAUUCAGGUUUAAGAAGAAUAAAACCAAUGAUUUUUAAACGCUAAUCAGCGUCUCUGUUAAUGGUUUUGAAACCGAUAACUAGUUGUUGAAACAACAAACCCACGACAGUAACUAGAGACCGACCGAUGGUAAUUUCUGGUUUCUAUCGCAACCGAAACCGAAACCAAACCGAAAGUUAAAAAAACGACUUUCGGUCGAAACCGAAACCAACAGUUUCACGAGAUUUUAGGCCAAAACCAAAAGAUAUAUGAUUAGGUAUUUUGAAACUCGUUUGCGUACACGCUGAUAAAAUUUCAUUAUUUCUUUGUUUACAUUUGUGCCCAAAUAAGAGUCUAAUUUGGCGAAAAAUUGUCAAAUGUUAUUUCGUUAUCAGUGGCAACCAUUAUCAGCGUGAUAAUGUUGAAUGUGAACAAAUGAAUAAAUUGAAUAAGCCCCAGGGUUCCCUAAUUAUUAUUUUUUCGUUAACUGAAAUGUUAUCAUUCCCUAUGCUUUUUUUUUCACAAAACUAUUAACCUUGCCUACGCUUAAUUUUAAUUUCGGAAAUAUUGGACGCAUAGGUUAUCAUGCAGCUGUGAGCCGUGCUCGCAAAGGAUUAGUCGUAUAUCAUACCAUGACAGCAAGGCAGCGAGCAAUAAUGAAUAUCGCACUGCCGGUCGACAGACAGGCAUAGUGACAGUCGGACUUCUGGUAGACGACCAAAAAUCUACCGAGUGUUAACGUUUCUGUUUCAUUCGAAACCGAAACUACACAGAAAAUGAUCAUAUGGCAACUUUCGGCACCAAAACAGAAAACCGAAACUGAAUUUCGGUUGGUCUCAAACAGUAACAUUCCUAACUGAAUUAACUAUGAGGGAGUAACUAAUACAAUUAAACUUCAUUGACGUAGACAAAAUUCAAUUACAAAAAAGUCCCGUCUUCGAGUACUGACAUGCAGUUGAAAACAUUAAACCAAGAUUUAAUUUUAAACAUUGUAUGGUGCCUAUUUUUUUUAACUAAAGCUUUUAUGAUCACUUUACGACAUAUGUAUCAAACUCAAGGCCCGCGGGUCACAUCCGGCCCGCCAUACAAUUAUAUCAAGCCCGCCAGGUCUUCACCGGCGUAAAACUAUAUCCAAGUCAACACUGUGGUGUUUUCCAAUGCACACGUUGGUGAUAAAGCUUAGCUUACUUCGCGCUGAGUUCGCACGGCGCUUUAGUGACUUUGAAGCAAAGAAAAGUAAUUUCGAGCUGUUUCGUAACCCAUUUGUCAUAGACGAGAAAACUGCACCUGUAAAUUUGCAGAUGGAGCUAAUAGAGCUGCAGUGUAAUGGGACACUAAAGGCAAAUUAGAACACAGUUGGACCUGCACAGUUCACUCGUUUCAUUCCCGAAGAGAUGCCCCAGCUUUGUCUACAUGCGGCUCGAACCUUGAGCAUGUUGCGUAGCAUAUAUAUGGGUGAGCAGCUGUUUUCUGUGAUGAAGAUUAACAAAGCAUCACACAGGAGUCGUCUCACUGAUGAACACAUGCAGGUCAUCAUGAGAAUCUCAAUGACACAGAACGUUACUCCCAACAUAAAUGAACUUACUUGUUUUUGUAGCCCUGAAAAUGUGCCAAACAUCCAGCUCUGACAAAUUGGCUUAAGAAAGAAAAUUGGUAUGCAAGGAUUUUAAAUUACUUUUUUUUUUCUGUUUUCAUUUAUAUAAAUAUUUUUUUUCCCAAAAAGAUACAUUUCCCGCUUAUUGAACGAUGAUCCUGUUCGGCCCGCAACCUUGUAUGUGGUUUGAGUUUAGGUCCGCCGAGGGAUUGAGUUAGACCUCCCUGCUUUUCGCACACAGUUAUGUUUAGAAUAUUGAAAACAAAAACACGGGGCAGGAGAAAACAUGACUAAAUCUAAACACAAACUGAACACUAUCGAAACACAAAUCUGUUUGGGAAAUUGUUCUGAUUGGCUUUAGAUAGCAAAGAAAUUAGACAAUUAAACGAAGUUUUUCGUAUAAACCGUUUAUAAAAUUGAAUAUCGAGCCAUGGGGAGUGGGCUGAAAAUUUGACAAAACAUGCGAAAAUUGAUACACUUCGUAAGAAUCCCAUUAGUUCCCCCCUUCAAGACGCGCAACUCCCACAUUUUUUUCACUAUAUUAAUAUCCUAAGGACUCACCCGCUUUUACAAUGUAGAUUCAUUUUACCAACAAUUUUAGAAAAACAAAACAAAAUUUAUGCACGUAACGCACUUGUAAUAUUUUCUUUAAAAAAAGGAAUCAAUUAUCAGAAUUCGUUUUUAAUCUUCCCUUUGAAAAAAAGUAAAAACUUACUUUUGGGUGUUGGGGUAGUGGAGUUGGGCUGGAAAUCUGAAACAAUGUGUUGUCGUUGGCAACAAGGGUAUGUGCUAAGUUUCAGCUCGAUAGGUUGAUGGGACGUGGGUCAGUUAACCGUCCGAAAAUUUUGCCCCCAGCCACACACAAAAGCGAGGUUAAUAUUAAGGAUAUAAUAAUUAUAAAACAAUAACACUCAUUUGUGCUUACUAAAAUAAAUCAGUAGCUUCACUCUCAAACUCAUGUAUAUGAAAUGGCCGAAAAGUUGAUUUUGAAGAUAACAAAAAUGCUCUAUCGUUAAGCCUUAUGUACUAAGAUUUGAAUUCAUUUAUGCAUGAAAUAUAAGCUACUGGUAGCAUGUGCUGUCAAUUAACUAACGUCACAAUGCACUGAAUUUUUUUAUUUUUUUUUUGUAGGGCUGUUUAGUAGAACCUCUCGAGAUCUACCAUUCUUUGGGAAAUUCUAGUCAAUUUGUUGACUCGAGCACCAUCAAAUAUCAAGGUAACGACAGGUAAAUAUGCGUUUUUUUCCUGCUUAAGCUCUUGCUUCGAAGAUCCAUUUUAUUUUAUCGAGUUGAGGUUGAAAAAGUUCAAAAUAGAACAUUUGAGAGAUUUUUGUGUGUGUUUUGUUCGAACAGUAUCCUGCAUUACGAGUGAAUUAGCAUAUCACUCCAUGGUGGAUAAGUUGGCUAUGGACAUCAAAAUUGUAAAUGACGAAAAUGCCUGCAUGUCCGCUUUAAAUAUCUAGCCUGGGAAUAUCUAGAUAUAAUAUCUAUUGGGAUUUAAAUUAUUCCAGUAUGCAGUUUUCCAUAAAUAUCAAACACUUAGACUGUAGUCGUUGACGAUCAACCGUGCAUUUUCUUCAGUGUUAAGGCGUUUUCCAUUUUAUCCAUACGAAAUGGCAAGAACACUAUAUGCGAGAGUCUCAAUUCAAGAACACUAUAUGCGAGAGUCUCAAUGCAAGAAUACUAUAUGUGAGAGUCUCAAUGCAAGAACACUAUAUGCGAGAGUCUCAAUACAAGAACACUAUAUGCGAGAGUCUCAAUUCAGGAACACGAUAUGCGAGAGUCUCAAUGCAAGAAUACUAUAUGUGAGAGUCUCAAUGCAAGAACACUAUAUGCGAGAGUCUCAAUACAAGAACACUAUAUGCCAGAGUCUCAAUAACAAAAUCAAAACGAAAAUGAAAGUGCUGGUGAAAGCAUUCGUCAACAAAUCCUCCCCCCCUCCCCCCCCCCGCCCCAAAAAAAAAAGCAACAACCCAAGUUCAGUUUUGGUUUCUCAUUUGUGUCUUUUGAUUUCAAUAACAAAAACAAAACGAAAAGGAAAGUGCUGGUGAAAGCAUUCGUCAACAAAGCCUCCCCCCCCCCCCCCCCCCGCCCCAAAAAAAAAAGCAACAACCCAAGUUCAGUUUUGGUUUCUCAUUUGUGUCUUUUGAUGCUUGUAAAUAUUUUUUUAUGAAGAAAAACGUUUCCCCCUUCUUGACGACUUCCACUGAAACAUCUUCAAGUGAUAAUACUUUUGUAUCCUAAUCUCUUAAAUCAACUUCUCUUUCAUGUUUUUUUUUAUUUAGGUCUGCAGUUAUAACACUGAAGUGUGACCCUAAAGCCGUUACAGACAGAUUGACCUAUGAAAGCAGUAAAAGGGAUACAUACGUAAGUUUAUAUAUAACUACUGAGAGUUAAAUUUUUAUUUUGUUUUGAGAACUUUAUAAAUCGAGAAGAACCAGAAAGUCACUACAACAGUUACAGUAGUGGUCCCCGAACUUUUUGACUCGCAGAACCCCUUUUUAGAACCAGUUUCUAUGGGGGAAGCUCCCCUUAAUCGCGGGUAGGAGGUUCCUGAAGCAGCCGCAGAGCCCAUGAGAAUCACAGGCUGGGAACCACUGAGUUAAAGAAUUAACGAAUAUCCGGACAUUCUUAUUUUGAGGAGCAAACCUGUGAACAAAGACACGAAAUAUGGACAUUAAGAUUCUAUACAUUUUCCAUGUCUUUAGAAAAUAAAGGAAAAUGUUUCUGAAAAACAAACUAAAUAAAAUAACAAAAAUGAUUUUUUUUUAAGAAAGGGAUAUUGCAUUGUAUUAUAUCUAAACAUAUUUGCUGACAAACUGCAUCUAGCUUAGACUGACAGCAAUGAAGAGUAACGUCGGUGACACAUGAAUGUUUCAUUUGUACUUUGAUUGGUCAAGUCUUAUUUUAGCUGCACGGUUUAGUUCAAAGCUUCAACCUGUUCAAGUUUCCUAGACACUUGAAAGAAACCAAAGUGACAAUGUGCUUUAGCGUAUGUCCAAAGUGUGCAUUCUCUUCUUCAGAACUUUGUGCUCACAAGUAAAUAUGCGUGUGCUGAAACCUUGACGACUCCUGCCCAAAACGUUACCACAACGACAACAAUCAAAACCACGACCAAAACCAACACGACGACAACCGCCACAACCAAAACCACGCCCAAAACCAACUCGACCACAGCCUCCACAACCAAAACCACCCCCAAAACCAACUCGACCACAGCCUCCACAACCAAAACCACGCCAAAAACCAACUCGACCACAGCCUCCACAACCAAAACCACGCCAGCUUCCAACUCGACGACGACAACGACGAAGUCGACCACUAAAUCCAGCACGACGACACCAAAGACCACCAUCACUACCCCGAAAUCGUCCUCCAAGUCUUCCAGCACCACCCCCAAGGUGUCGUCAACAACAGUGACUACAAAGAAAGGGGCGGCCAGUACAGUCAGGUCAGUAGUUAUGUCAUAAAGUUAUAGAGUCGUACAUUCGUGGAAGUUAUUCUUUCAUCAACGGAAUCAGUGCCCUCGACAGGGUUAGUGCGAUCCGGGGUUGUUUAAGCUUUUUGCCAACGCCCUUACCUUUUUCCACGAAACCAUCCCUCUCCAAAAAUGCCUCCCUUACUAUAAGGAGAAAAGUACCACCCCUUCCGCACACCCUCUGCCUACGCCCUUGCAUGCGAUACGAAAAUAAUAAGACAAAAACAUUUCCCCAAAGGCCAAAUCAUCUUAAAAACAUGAGGCCCACUUGUAUUCUUCUUUAACUUUUAUGAAUUUUAAUAUUCCGAAAGUUGAGACACUUACAAAAACUCUUUGAGACCAAAUUGAAGCUGAGAUUUUUAAUUAUCAAUCUCCAGGACCGAAACACAUAGUUAUUUGAAGAACUUGUUUUUAAUAAUAUAUUUUGCGAGAAAUUAAGCAACCCCUAAAAACAAAGGUUUUUGUAAUGAAUCCUUUGUAUUCUUUUGAUUAUCAUUUCAUGUAUAUUAAUAUCAGCGUGAUAACCCGUGUCUUUGGUUGUCUAUUCAUUUGGGUCAUAACAUUAUUAUUUCCUUUUUUUUUUCUUUUUCUCCAGCACAAUAACAUUUGGCAGCAUCCUUUUGGCCGUGAUCUUGUCUUGGACGCUCCAUUGAGACCAGGACAUCAAAUGGGCAAUUUCAAAACUAUAGCAAAGUCCACGUGUCCUUCAAAUAGUGUAGCCGAGACAAAAUCAAAUAAAAGACGUGAAUUCAAUUAGCUAAUUAAUUUACGUUUCAAAACACAAUUCUACCGCCCCUUUUUUCUUGCUUGUUUUUUGAAGACAUCACUGCCGUAUUUAAAAACACCUUGUUAUGAACGACGUUAAACAAUAAAUUGACACAUCAUUCGCAGUAAUGUACAAAUAAAAUAAAAAUCUUUAUGAAAUAUAAUCAUAAAAUAUGCUUGUUUAAGUAUUUUCAUUAAAAUAUGUAAGAGCAAACAAAUGCUCUAAAAAAAAAAAAAUAAACGAAAUAAAAUUAUUCUUUCAAUGGGCUAGUGCUACUACACAAUUUCCUGUUGUUGUGUGUAUUAAGUGAACUUUGUAACUCCUCCCUAGUUCACCGCGUGGUUAGUUAAAAACUGCUGACUGUUUUCAUUACAUACAUCACUUUCAGCUAUUUUAAGGGACACAACCAAUGAAUUCAUUUUAAAGGGGACAAUUUUUAUAUUAUAAUUUUAGCUGAUAAAUUUGUAAAUGUAUAUAAUUUAGAACCAAAGCACCAAUGAAUAUUCUUUAUUAAAUAUUGUAAAAAUUGAGUAAGAAAUUCGAACCAGCAAGUUUCUGAUUUAAAUAGACAAUUGUAAAUGGUAAUUUUAAAGGUAAUUUUAAUUAUAAAUUGAACUCAAGGCAUGCUAUGUUGUUCUUGCCUCAAUUAAUUGUAUUUGGAAAAUUAAUAUCUUCAAUUGGGAUCCUCUCAUUUUCGUCCUAUUACAAGUCCUUGACUUGUCUCGUAUUUGAGAUAGAUUGUAACUGAAAUAGCUACACCAGGGAGUACAUCCGGUCUUGCACAAAGUUAAGAUUUUAUCAAGAAAUCCGGAAAAUGGAAGGGAAAUAAACCCUCUUAUCCCUGAUUAGUUAAACUUUCAGAAUUCUAAACAUCUAGUUUUUUUCUUUUAAAUUCAAAAUUAUUAUUUUCUUUAUAUACUCGCAUAUUACCACUAAUGGUCACUACAAGCUAAUACCCCUGUCAUCUUCCUAGUUGAGUUAAAUUAAUAAGUUAAAUAGCUCUGGUACAGUGUUUAAAGUUUUUUCCCACACAUGGCACAUCUCAUGAACUCCUCUGUACACCACAAGAAAAAUAUGCAAUUGUUUGGCUGGAUUUUUGGUUCGAUAUUUGCUCCGGGAGCUCGAUCUUCUCUAGUCUUUCGGGCACGAAAGCUCAUUUAAGAGGGAAAAAAAUAUUUCAACGUUCAACAUUUUCCCAUAAAUAUUAAACGGUGCUGUUAAUUCAUCGACGAACAUUAUACUCAUUCUAUAUGUUAGGAUACAUAGCUUAUAAUAUAAAAAUGAUAAUAAUACUAAUAAUAAUAAUAAAAUCUUUGGAGAUAAAACAAAUCGUUUUGAUUUUCCUCGGGCUAAAAGAGAACAAAGCCCGUUUGCAGAGCACGACAUUGUAGUAGAGAUAACAUUUUCCCAUAAAUAUUAAACGGUGCUGUUAAUUCAUCGACGAACCUUAUACUCAUUCUAUAUGUUAGGAUACAUAGCUUAUAAUAUAAAAAUGAUAAUAAUACUAAUAAUAAUAAUAAAAUCUUUGGAGAUAAAACAAAUCGUUUUGAUUUUCCUCGGGCUAAAAGAGAACAAAGCCCGUUUGCAGAGCACGACAUUGUAGUAGAGAUAACAAUGACGAUUUGUUUUUUUGUUCUCAUCUUCACACUUUAGAUAGCAGAGGGUAGAUUGAGUUGGUUCAGAUCAGUCCUGGUUCGCUUUCCUUUUAAUUAUAUGUGUUAAAGCCUGCACUGUUGGUCUGCGCUUGUUAUAUUGUUAAUUAAAUAGAUAUAUAUCAAUUGCUUAAAGUAAUUGCUCAACAUACAUGGAAUCGAAUACAUUUUAACUAAGCUAAUAACUCUG